AUGUUUGAUGGAAACACAGAGAUGGAGCCUCCCUCGGAAGAUACUUGCUGCUACUGCUUCGGCAGUACAAAUGGAAAGCCGUACCACCACGUUAUGUGGAAGUCAUAUAAAAUGUGUGUCCGAUGCAAAACCAACCUGAAAAACUGCCUCUCCUGUGAAAGGAAAAUAAAAGAAAAGACACGCUCACGAAGUUACACCCCUUGCUGUCGAUCCACAUACGAUAAUUUAUGUGACAUGUGUUGCGAGCUUCCCAUCAUUUGUUGCGAUAAAAAAUUGGGGGAUGUCAUACCUGAAGUUUUGUACCUCCUAGAUUUGUACAUGGGGAUUAGGGUUCCCCCCAAUUUUGUAACCUACCAGAAUAUUUACACCUUUAACAAGACAAGGUUUAACGACGCGAAUCACCGCUGUACAUUUGAGUAUGACCACGUUGGGUAUGUACAGAGGGGAGAAGCAGCUCAGCACAGUGAGAUUGCAGCACCGGGAGGGGACUCCUUGAAUCGGAAAAAUGGCAAGGUCGUUGCAGAAGUUGACUUCAAAUCAGAGCAAAACGAAAAGAGGGACAUAAAGACACUCCUUCGGAAACUAACUCGUUCGAGGCCUCAGCCAAAAAAGAAAAAGAAAAAAAAAAAGGAUAUGACACGAACAGGUGGAGAAGCACAAAGGGUGCAAUUUGCGAGACCCACAAAAAAUGACAACUUGGAAUAUAACAAAAUAGAAGAGAGAGAUAGGAGUGGAGAUCCCCUUAUGUGCACUGCUAAAGGGAGGGAGGGAAAUGACCCCCACUCCAUCGCUUUCCCUAAAAAGCUACCCCCAACUGAGCAGAACAACCAACUCGACGAGACACAACAGCGAAGCAGGGAACAAAAAAAUCACAAACUGAAGAAAAUGGUUUCCAAUAAAUCGAGUCUAUACAGCAAGGCAACGGCACCCCUCUUGGACUACAUCAAAUUGCUGAGAAAUCGGAAGAAGGAAAGCGGGAAGGACAGGCGAGGCAGAAUUUCUUCUUCCCGCAAAGGAGGGGCAACAGUGGAGGAGAAAAAGGAAAAUGCAACCGCCGAUAUGAAGAACACGACGAGGAUCUCGACCCGCAUUGCAACCCGGAUCGCCUCUAAAGCGCUUGCUCAAACGGCUUCUCAAACAGCUGUCCAAACAGUUGCCCAAAUGGCUACCGCGACAGCACGGAAGUCGUACGAUCUGCAUCUCGUGCUUUUCUUUUCCAACCAACCGAACGAAGAAGAAAUCUUCACACGGCUGUUACAUAACGAGCUCAAAUUUACCGAUGUGCUAUACCUACGGAACAUGUUCAAGCAAAAUGAGGAUGGAGAAAAGACCAUGGCAUCGUGCAACUGUGUAAUCGUGUCGCAAAAAAAAUUACUCCUUUUACAUGAGCAGAAUAAGGUGAUACAAAAUUAUGCAUAUAGAAAUUUAAAGCUACCUGAACUAUUGCCUCAAAAUAAUAAUCACAUAAAACUGGUUGACCAUCUCUCUUUAGCUAAUUGCUUGCCAGAUAUUUCAUUUUGCUUUUACAUGUCCCACGAGCUGAUGCACACGUACCUAUGGAUCUCGCACUUGGACACAUCUGUGCACUUUGAGGAAAUACAAAAGAUUGUAAAGAAACUACACUCGAGAUCUUUUCAUGUAGGAAGUAAGAACAAUCCUGGGGAUAAGAUUCACAAAAGUUUAGCUUAUUAUUUGUCGCCUGAGUUGGAGGAGGCCCUGUGCGUGUUCGCGUCCGUUCAGUUUAUGCAUCAUAUGCGGCAGGUCAACGCAGGUGGGUGCGAAAGUGGACAUUGUUAUAAACUAGAAGGUGAAAAUAUCCAUGAGCGCGAAUGCGAGCUGAUAAACUACUACAUCAGAACAUGCGAGCGAGGGGGAUCCCUCAUGUAUGGCAAUAAUUAUCGAGAGCUAAAAAGAAUUAUGAAGAAUUAUACGCUGGUGGAUAUUCUGCACAUUAUUGGAGACAUAAAGUGCGCACGCUUUUACCCGGUGGUAACUCUGCGAUUACUGCGCGCUGUGAUUUGUUCUAUGCGUGUUGUAAGCUAA